UUUGUUAUUGUGAUGCUGAUGAACCGCAGUCUUCCUAUUGGCGAUGAUUCCAGCAAUUCAAAUGAUGAUGAAAUGGGAGAAGAGGUAUCCUCGAGCCGUGGCCUGUCAGAGGACAGUUGGGGAAGUGACGGAAUGAAGCCGGCAACCACGUUCGAGGAGGAUGAGCGUUUAGCUAGGGAACGACUUAUUAAUCUAUAUCCACGUGCGGAAUAUAGGCGUUUGCCACGGGCUUGGAAUAAAAACGAUAAAUAUCACUUCUUGGACAUCUCACACAGCUCACUGCGCGUGAGCUACAAAGGUAAUGGAAAACAACAACAAAAAGAUGCAGCAUCAACUCGUGCAGAUUAUCCAAUUCCUCCUCAGUGUGGCGUUUAUUAUUUUGAGAUCACCAUUGUUCGCGGCCUGAAAGGAUGCAUGGGUGUUGGAGUUUGUGGAAAGUCCGUGAAUUUGAACAGAUUACCUGGCUGGGAUCGAUAUUCAUAUGGUUAUCAUGGCGAUGAUGGCAAUUUCUUUUCAUUCUCUGGAAAUGGUGUAUCAUAUGGGCCGAAAUUCACGACUGGCGAUGUAGUUGGAUGUGGCGUGAAUUUGGUGAACAAAACGAUAUUUUUUACGAAAAACGGGGUGCAUUUGGGCAUAGCUUCUCGAGAGCUGGAACAUAUUGACGAUCUUUAUCCUACCAUUGGUUUGCAAACCACUGGUGAGGUUAUAGAUGCGAAUUUUGGCCAGCGACCUUUCCGCUUUGAUAUUCGCCCUGAGAUGGAGGUGCGUUCGUGUCUUGCGACAAACUGA